AAGGAACCGCUGAGGGCUUCGCCACCCGGGGGUCUGGCGGAACCGACCGGCCCUGCUGGAGCACCUCAGCCCGGCCCCGCUGGAGCGCCGGGACCUGCCGGGGCGCCCAUGGAGACGGGAAUCUCUGAGACCCCGGAGGGCCGCCGGACCAGCCGGCGCAAACGAGCCAAGGUAGAGUACAGAGAAAUGGAUGAGAGCUUGGCCAACCUCUCUGAAGAUGAGUAUUAUUCUGAAGAGGAAAGAAAUGCCAAAGCAGAAAAGGAGAAGAAGCUUCCUCCUCCUCCUCCUCAAGCCCCUCCAGAGGAGGAGAAUGAAAGUGAACCUGAAGAGCCUUCUGGUAAGUUAAACAACUUUAGUCUGUGCCUGGUCUUAGAGAUGUGGAACUAUUGGAAUUGAUCGACACCUUUGACUUUGUCUAGGUGCCCAAUUUGGUUUCUGACUUAGAAUGCUAGGGUUCUUGUCUUUAUGGCUCUUUGUACAUAAAGCAGUGGUAUUGGUAUCUGUGUUUGCAUUUCCAGGAAUAAAGUGAAGGGGGGGGAAUGGGUAGGCUAGUGGGAGAACAAAAAGUUUAAAAAUGGUAGAAAAAAUAAAGAGCUUGAAGGGAAUGAAACUACAAUGAAAAUAAACAGCAAUAUAAGGACAGAUUCUAAGUUUGGAAGAUUGUAUUGGGAUCAGGGCCUUAUAAAUGUCCUAAAGUUAUAGAGUAAGUAAGGUUACAGCUAUUACUGAUUUUUAUCUUAUUUUUUUACAGGUGGAG